AAUCAAAAGAUUCAUAAAUGUUUCGAUGCUUCGUGAAGCAGUGUUUCGAAAUCGCCAACCACUAAAUGAAAGACAUGUUUUCUGUUAGGAGAUUUAUCUGCCAGGUAAGAUAUAGUUUAAAUAAAAUGUCUGUGGUGGUUCAAAAUGGUAAAUCCAGCCCCAGACGUCCUGGAGUGGGACUUGGAGUUCUUGUGACAGAUUCUUUCAACCCAGGAUGUGUCUUGUUAGGAAAAAGGAAAAGCACAGUUGGUAAAGGUAAAUACCAGUUACCAGGAGGUCACAUUGAAUUUGGAGAAACUUGGGUGGACUGCGCGCAGAGAGAGGUGAUGGAGGAAGCUGGUGUCCAUUUGAAAAACAUCUGUUUUGCAUAUGUCGUCAACUCCAUCAGACUGGAAGAAAACUACCAUUAUAUCACAAUCUUCAUGCAGGGAGAACUGGACAGGUCUUUAUCGGCUGAACCAGUCAAUUUGGAGCCAGAGAAAAAUGAAGGUUGGGCAUGGAGACGAUGGGAGGAGUUUCCACCUGAAGAGCAACUUUUCUUACCAUUGGCUAAUCUGAGACAGCAGGGAUUUCAGCCAUUCGGAACAAGUUAAAGGGAUUUUCUGUAAUUAGAAAAUUAACCUUGAUACAGUUUUAACACCUUAUUCAAGAUCAGGUAAACCAUGUCCCUUCAGGCCUAGAGAGAAACUGCAUGUCUAGCUCAUUUUGAAGAGAAUUUAAGACUAUACCAACAGUCAGAAGAAAAUGUGUGCUGACCUCGUGAACAAAUAGGGAUUUAUAUUCAGAUUGAUUGUUUAACGUUAUUGCAGUUACUUAGCAUAUACAUGAAUGAAUAUUGUAAUUACAGCUCCUCAUUGUUAAUGGUUUACCAUCCACAUGCAUACUGUAGUAAAGUUAUAUUUUAGUUAUUCAUAGGGUACAGUUUAUCAUUUAUUUUUUACAAACUGGUAAACUGACUGUGGAUUUGAAGACUUUUACACAUAAUUUGUCAAACAGCCUUGAACAUAAUUUUCUUAUCAUUCCUACAAGAUUUUUGUAAUUCACAAGAAUAUUAUAUAUUAUAUUAUAUCAUAUUAUAUUAGCCCCUUAGCAUUCCAUAAAAGGGCUCAAAAAUGCUUAAAAAUGAGACAAAUUGUACCUGCUAUGUUGAUUGUAUCUUAAAACGGUUUACAUUAUUCAAAUCACAAAAAUCCAAAGAUAUGUUUAGCUUUUUGUUUUUGAGUUGUUAUCAGUAUAAACUGGGGUGCCAUGCACCAAUUUUUUUUAAGGGGGCACAGUGUGCACAGCUACCCUUCAUACUGUAGGCUAAUUACAAUUAUGAACAUCAAUUAAACAUCAAAAUUUGUUAUACGCCAUAUUCUUAUAGAGUACACAGACAAAAAGAGAAGUGUUUAUGAAUGAUUUUAUUGCUAUUUUACACAUUAAUGGAAAAACUCAUCCACUCAACAGUCACAUCUGUAAAUAGCUGUAAUGAUCAACACUGACAGUGAAUAAAAAAAACUGAUGCAACAGAAGCA